AUGGCACCUUGUCUGGGACUUUGGAACCCUGAGUGCCAACGUUUGUGCCAAAGCCCCUCCCACCUGAGGGGGCGGGUGUCUGCAAAGGGACAGAGCCACACCCCCUCUCCCAUCGCUCCGCUCCUCGCCAGGGGCCCUGUGUGCUGCUGGGUGGCCAGCCGAGUCCCGCGGGGCCCUGGCCCCCAGCCGCGCUACUGCAGCUUUGAGGAGCCCACCCUCCCCCCAAGUCUGAGCAGGAUUGCCUUAAACUGCAGGCGAGAGAGCACGCACUGCCCUGGGAGCUCUGCCUCCCGCUCCUACCUGUCUGCCCUCUCCCCAGAGCUUUUCCUGCUCACCAUCCCCAGGUGCUGGUGGGUCCGCCCUGCACCAGCGUCCUGCGGGCAGCUCCCGGGUGUGCAGGCUCACCCUGAGCCUGGUACCAGGCCGGCCCCAGCUCUGUGGUGUUGGCACAGCCUCCCUCCUCCUCCCCAGUGCCCGUGGCUCUGUCCUUGCUCUGGCCUGUCUGGAGCCUCCCCAUGCCCAGAGGAGAACGCGCCCACAGUCUGA